AUGCGAUGCGUCCCCACAUCAGUCAGUACAUGUUCUAUGGAAUAUGAGGUAUAUCGGCAUAAAGAUGCCACAGAUGACGAGUUUGAGCAUAUUGACUCUUUUUUCAAACGAGUCCUCGCAGAAGACAAGUACCUGUGCGAUGCGGUCCAGAAAAACCUGGGAGCGGGGGUCUUUGUCAAUGGAGAGUUACACCCAGAUUUGGAGAGCGCACCAAUCUUCUUCCAAAAUACGGUGAGACAGCUUGUGACGGAGCAUCGCAGGAAAGAGGAGGAGAACGGAGAAGAGUUGUGGCCGGCUCGUCGUGCCAUAUCCCAUUCGGGGGUCACCAAGGGCGACGAUGCUUUCUGUGAUGGACUGGUGUGCAAGACUUCACAAGGGGCUAACAUAGAGUGGUGA